AUGGCCAAAAUCAAGUCCAUUGAAUACUUUCGGGUGAAGCCUCGCUGGUUGUUUGUGAAGGUGACCGAUGAGGAAGGGAAGUUUGGAUGGGGUGAGGGGACCUUGGAAGGUCACUCCCUGGCUGUUGAGGGCGCCCUCGACGAGAUCAUCUCGCGCCUGGUGGGAUUGGAAGCAGAUGAUAUUGAACAUAUCUGGCAAUUGAUAUGGCGACUGGGUUUCUACCGUGGAGGUCCGGUCUUCAUGUCGGCCAUGUCGGGCAUCGAUAUCGCUUUGUGGGAUCUGAAGGGCCGUCGCCUGGGGGUGCCUGUAUAUCAGCUGCUGGGUGGCAAGGUGCGCAACAAGGUCCAGGUCUACUGCUGGGUGGGCGGCGACCGCCCAAGCGAUGUGGAGCGCAUGGCAAAGGCACGGAUUGCCCAAGGAUUGAAGUGCAUCAAGAUGAAUGCCACUGAAGACAUGAACUGGCUCGACUCCCCCUCCGCGAUUCAAUCCUGCGUCGAGCGCCUGAAGCAGGUCAAAGCCCUCGGUCUGGACGCUGGCCUCGACUUUCAUGGUCGCUUGCACCGGCCAAUGGCGAAGCAGCUCGCCAAGGCGCUCGAGCCUUACCAGCCGCUCUUCAUCGAGGAACCGCUGUUGUGCGAGCAUCCUGAGGCAAUCAAGCAGCUGUCCAACAGUACCACCAUUCCGAUAGCUUUUGGCGAGCGUCUCUAUACUAGAUGGGACAUCAAACGUUUCCUAGAAGAUGCUUCGGUAGAUGUCUUGCAGCCCGACAUUGCACACGCAGGCGGCAUUUCGGAGACCAAGAAGAUCGCUACCAUGGCCGAGACCUAUGAUGUCGCAAUCGCACCGCACUGUCCUCUAGGGCCCAUCGCUCUCGCUGCCUCCAUGCAGAUCGCAUUGUCGACCCCCAACUUCGUCAUCCAGGAGAUGUCCUUGGGCAUGCACUACAAUGUGGAGGCAGGCGAUAUCGAUUUGAACAGUUACUUGGUUGAUAAGACGGUAUUCGAGAUUAAGGAUGGAUACGUAGCAGCUUUGACUAAACCUGGCUUGGGUAUUGAGAUCGACGAGGACUUGGUUCGUCAAAUCAGUAAGGAGACGGAGCCCUGGCAGCCCAAAGAAUUCUAUGGGCCCGAUGGUUCAAUUCGGGAGUGGUAA